AUGGCCUUACAGGACCUGUGCGUUUCCCAGGACUUCCUUCUGGACACCAGCGAAUGUUCUUCAGUGGCUUUUGGAAAAAAGGACAGUUUUAACUUAGGGUGGUGCGGUUUGCCCUUUAGCAACAGCACAAAUUUGUUUAAUUUUUAUAUACCAGUUGCAGAGUACCUGGAUGAAAGCCCGAUACAGUUUGGGCAAAUCAGCACCGUCCAGAGAUCCAGUGCCAUCUCGUCUCAAAACUCCAUCUUACCACCCCUCUCCUUGCCCACAAGUCUUCCUCUGGCUUCCUCUCAGUCUAUCCCCCUGCCUUUCUCCAUGUCUCAUGGCACCACCACGCUGGCUUUCACGUUUCAGGGCGGCGUGCUGGCCGCAGCAGACACUCGGUCCAGUUGCUCUGGGCUAGUGGCGUGCCCGGCCUCCCAGAAGAUCCUGCCCAUUCACAGUCACUUGGUGGGUACCACGUCAGGUACUUCAGCCGACUGCGCCCUCUGGAAACGGAUUCUGGCUCGAGAACUGCGUCUCUACCAGCUCCGCCAUGGCCGACGGUUAUCCACGAGCGGAGCUGCCAAAUUGCUUUCAAACAUGCUUCACCCGUUUAAGGGGACUGAGCUGUGUGUGGCUGCCACGCUGUGUGGGUGGGAUGGAGGAGAGGUGGAGGGAGGUGCAAACACUGAUCUCAGUGACUGUAGAGAAAUGACAAAGAGUCAAAUGACUGAUCCGAGAACCUCUGCAGAAACCAGUCUUGAAGCUGCCUCCCCGGCAAAGGCAAAGACUCAGAGCUCCUCUUCAGCAGCCAGUGCUCGGCAGCGCUUUGCUAGAAGCACAGUGAGUUUCUCUGGACCCAGUCUGUGCUAUGUGUGCAGUGAUGGCACUCGCCUGCAGGGAACACUCUUCUCUGUGGGCUCGGGAUCACCCUAUGCCUACUCAAUUUUGGACCAAGGGGUCCAAUGGGGACUGACAGUGGACGAGGCCACGUCCAUCGCCAGGGAGGCCGUGUACAGAGCCACGCACAGGGACGCAUACUCAGGAAACUACGUGGACGUCUUUCACAUCACCUCAAAGGGAUGGACUCGCAGGAGCAGAGAGGAUCUGAAAGAGGAAUAUUACAGAGAAAAGGAAAGACGAGAGAGGAGGCAGAGACUGGACGUGACUCUGAGUAAAGACAUGAAACAAACAAAAAUGGCUUGA